GCCCCGCCCCGCGGCGCGCGUGGGGAAGGUUCAGCCGCGCGGGUGCCCGCAGCCCGGUGCUGGGUGCGGGCCGCUGAGGCGAUGCUGAGCUUGAUGGAGGUCGGCGGGUCCCUGCUGGAGCGGGUGGCGGUCGGCAGCGCCCUGUCGCUGGUGCUGGCCGCCUCCGCCUUCGUGCUGAGCCUCGGCUACCUGUUCCAGCUGAGCUACCGGCGGCACGUCGGCUCCGAGCACAAGAAAUACCCACCGUAUAUUUCAUCAAGCAUCCCUUUCCUUGGACAUGCAAUUGCAUUUGGGAAAAGUCCCAUUGAAUUUUUGGAGAAUGCUUAUGACAAGUAUGGACCUGUAUUCAGUUUCACUAUGGUUGGCAAGACAUUCACAUACUUACUGGGUAGUGAUGCUGCUGCUCUACUCUUCAACAGUAAAAAUGAAGAUUUGAAUGCAGAGGAUGUAUACUCUCGGUUAACCACGCCAGUUUUUGGCAAGGGCGUUGCUUAUGAUGUCCCUAACGUGGUAUUUUUGGAACAGAAGAAGAUGCUCAAAACUGGCCUAAACAUUGCUCAGUUUAAACAGCAUGUAUCGGUGAUUGAAGAAGAAACAAGAGAGUAUUUCAGAGCAUGGGGAGAGAGUGGAGAAAAAAACCUGUUUGAAGCCCUUUCAGAACUUAUCAUUUUGACAGCAAGUCACUGCUUACACGGGAAAGAAAUAAGAGGCUUGCUAAAUGAGAAGGUGGCUCAGCUGUAUGCCGACCUGGAUGGGGGUUUUACUCAUGCUGCCUGGCUUCUGCCAGGUUGGCUUCCUCUGCCGAGCUUCAGGCGUCGAGACCGAGCACACAGAGAAAUCAAAAAUAUUUUCUACAAGGUUAUCCAGAAACGUCGAAAGUCUGAGGAAAAGGAGGAUGACAUGCUCCAAACUCUACUAGAUGCUUCAUACAAGGAUGGGCGUCCGCUGACAGAUGAUGAAAUUGCUGGGAUGCUCAUCGGGCUGCUCCUGGCAGGGCAGCACACGUCGUCCACCACCAGCGCCUGGCUUGGCUUCUUCAUAGCCAGAGACAAAUCCAUACAAGAGCAGUGCUAUGCAGAACAAAAAGCAGUCUGUGGGGAUGAUCUGCCACCAUUAACUUAUGACCAGCUCAAGGAUCUUAGUUUGCUGGAUCGCUGUCUAAAAGAAACAUUAAGGCUCAGACCGCCUAUAAUGACCAUGAUGAGGAUGGCCAGGACUCCCCAGACUGUUGCUGGCUAUAAUAUUCCCCCUGGCCAUCAGGUCUGUGUAUCUCCCACUGUUAACCACAGACUCAGGGACUCCUGGAGAGAUGCCCUAGACUUCAAGCCUGACCGGUAUCUCCAAGAUAACCCAGCCGCUGGAGAGAAGUUUGCAUAUGUUCCAUUUGGCGCUGGCCGUCAUCGCUGCAUCGGAGAAAACUUUGCUUACGUUCAGAUUAAGACUAUUUGGUCUACUUUGCUUCGCUUGUAUGAAUUUGAUCUCGUCAAUGGCUAUUUUCCCACUAUAAAUUACACAACAAUGAUACAUACUCCUAAUAACCCCAUUAUAAGGUAUAAAAGGAGGUCACCAUAAAUUCUGGAGCUAAAGCCCUACUUAUUUAAAUUGUGUAAACUAACAGACUUGACUAAAAUUGUGACAGAAUGAGAGGCAAAUGGAAAAUGCUCUUAGGGGAGCAACCAUAAUCUACCACGUGCAAAGUCUUUGCAUUUCUUGUUUGCCCACACCAUUGAAUGCUCCUGUGUAUAACUGCGUGUUCUACAAAUUUCUUGUUGUGUUUUUAAAGGAAAAGUGUCUUUUCUAUUGUUAUAGCACUUUUAAGGUGCAUGCCAGCUCUCUGAGGUGAAGAAAUACAUAAAUUUCCAUAAAUCGAACUCUUUGUUCUGGAGACAGUUGAAGAUAAUGAUUACUUUCCCCAGAUUACAGGGGGUGAGCCUGCAUACCCUACCUCUGCAUCCACCUACAGGAAAUCUGUCAGGAAACAAGCACCGCAGUGGGAUGGAUGCUGAUCAUUUAAAAGGAUGUUAUUGUCCAGCUGAGCAGUAGGGAGACUGCAGAAUGUUCAAAGAGAAAAGUCUUUUCUGAGAAUAAACAAUUUAAAUGGCUUAACUGGAAGCAGUUGUAAAAUGCAACAAAAGAUGUUCUAAGAAGUACUUCUGACAGUAGUGAUUCGUGGAAGCUUGAUGUGAGUGUGAAAGUAACAGUGUGAUGAUACAAACAACAUUCAUUUUGUAAAUAACACGGCUGUGUAUAAAAUGGACACAAAUGAAGUGAAAUAGCUGAAUCUUGUCCCCCUUUGCACCGGCUCACACGGGAUUGUUUUAUGACGUUUGGGUCAAGAGUGGCCAAGAUGAAUGGUCGUGAGCCCUGGUUCACAGUAACUUUGAAUGAAAUCUAAACCCAAACCUCUUGUGGAAAUUUUGUGUGCUCAGUUCUGUCAAUUCUGAAAAGCUUCUGUAACUAAAUUUGUAAUAAACUAACUUUCUGUCU